CCUCCCCCACCCCCUCGGGCCACCCGCUCUUGAGUUGGAGACUCCUGGCUCCCGUUCGGCUCACAGUCCGGGCAACAGAGGGACACGGGAAUGGACACAGAAGGGAGUCAGAGCAGCCUGUCGUCCUCCACGCAGGACUCCCCACACGACCCCUGCAAAAUGUUCAUCGGCGGGUUGAGCUGGCAGACGACACAAGAAGGGCUAAAGGAAUACUUUUGUAAAUUCGGCGAGGUGAAGGAGUGUAUGGUGAUGCGGGAUCCGGUUACAAAGCGGUCGAGGGGGUUUGGAUUUGUCACCUAUGUAGACCAGACCGGUGUGGAUAAAGUUUUGGCCCAAAACAGACACGAGCUGGAUUCAAAAACAAUUGACCCUAAGGUGGCCUUCCCACGCAGAGCUCAGCCGAAGCUGGUAACAAGAACCAAGAAGAUCUUUGUUGGAGGAUUGUCUGUCAACACCACCAUCGAAGAUGUGAAACAGUAUUUCGAUCAAUUUGGAAAGGUUGAUGACGCGAUGCUAAUGUUUGACAAAACCACCAACAGGCACCGAGGUUUUGGCUUUGUGACCUUUGAGAAUGAAGACGUGGUGGAAAAGGUCUGCGAGAUCCACUUUCACGAGAUCAACAACAAGAUGGUGGAGUGCAAAAAGGCGCAGCCGAAGGAAGUGAUGUCACCGACAGGUACGGCACGAGGCCGCUCCAGGGUGAUGCCCUACGGCAUGGACGCCUUCAUGCUGGGAAUCGGCAUGCUGGGUUACCCAGGGUUCCAGACAGCCACUUACGCCAGUCGUGGCUACACAGGAAUCACACCGGGGUACACAUACCAGUUCCCAGAAUUCCAUUUAGAACGGACACCCCUUCUGACUUCCUCUCACCCCCAAGAGAUCACAGCCAUUCCACUGACGGCCUACGGACCAAUGGCAGCGGCCGCAGCUGCAGCGAUGGUCAGAGGUUCCACCCACUCACGUACCGCCGGCUUCCUGGGCACCAGCAGCCCUGGGCCAAUGGCAGACCUGUAUGCAGCGGCCAAUCAGGAUUCAGGAGUCAGCAGCUAUAUCAGUGCGGCAAGUCCCGCCCCCAGCACAGGGUUUGGACACGGACUCGGGGGUCCUUUGAUUGCAACGGCCUUUACCAAUGGCUACCACUGAGGGGUGUCCAAUCAGAGCCCGGCAUGGGAGGAGAAACUCACGCGCUUGUGAACCGUGAGCACUUCUGGCGACGUGACGUGCUUUUGGGACGAACCCCACGGGCGGCUGCGGUCCCUCCUAACUCCGCUCUGGAGUUUCCACCUUUUCUUUUUCUCUAUUCUCUACUAACAUCACUUUUCGUUUUCCUCAUCCCAUAUUUCUUUCCUGACGUAUCCGACUCGUUUAUGAUAUGCUGCAGACUGUCUUCUGAAAGAAAAAAAAUGAAGAAAAAAACAUUGUCAAAACUAUUUUGUUUGAUUGUACGUGCGGAAACGCAAGGAAUUUUGUUUCAAUUUCGACAGUUUUUCUGCAUUUGUUAUGUAUUUUUGCUGACUGUGUUUUUAUGUUUUUACUGUACUCAUGCUGUAACGGAUGAUGUCGAGAAGACACUGAGAGAGAAAGA